AUGAACGACGAUAAGCUGAGCAGCCUCAUUCAAAAGAUAGGGCACACCAUAGAUGACAUCCGAGACAGGUCAAUGAUUAUGCUCAUACAAAAAUACGAAAAAGGCAUAAUAAGCGAAACGGACUUUAAGAAAAGAAAUUAUUUUUUUGAUGUUAUUCUUCGCUACAUUAACGAUAGAAACAGCUCCAUUCCUUUGAAAGCGCUCACCCAAGUUUUGGACUUCGUUCGGUGCAUAAUAGAGAAGGAUCAAGAGGUCAAAAACAAAUUCGAACAAUUCGGAAUAUACACAUUCACCAAGGCGUUUUUAACCCACUUUAGAGAUAACGAAGACAGGUACAAAAAGAAUAGUGCCGCCAAAAAAUUAAACGUCCCCCACGACACAGAUAAUUGCCUCGUAAACUAUGAGCACAUGCAGGUGCAAAACAGUAACGAUGAAUACAGCCAGGUGGUCAAAAUUUUGAUCCAUCUCAUUCGUGCAUAUAAUGGGGACAACCCAGACGACUUCUCAAAAUGGGACACUCAAGAGUGUGCACCUAAGCUUGAUGUAAAUAAUUCCCCCGAUGGUCUGAGUAGCACAAAUGGGGGGAACAAAAAUGGGGAGAGAGAAUCUGCGGAAGUAAAUGGAAAAGCAGAUGAAGGGGAAACUCCCCAGUACAAAAACAACGCAACGGAAAAGACAAGCAACAUGAUGGACUUAAAUAAAGAGGGAGGACAGUACAAAGCUACACGAAAAAAAAGCUCUUCCGUCGAAGAGACGACAAGUAUUAACCCUCGGCUGGGGCAACACUCUCCUGAGGAGGCAAAGGAAAACACAAAAAAAAACACCGAAGCGUCGCAAAACAAUGCAGAUGGCACACUUUCUCAAAAGGAUCUCCUGAACAUAAGCCAAAUAAUGAAAAAAAACAACUGCAUAAACAUAUUUACAAAAAAUAACUUUUCCAAAAGUGACGAUUUUAAGUAUUACAACUCCUUAUAUGAAGCAAAAAACGAAGUGAAUAAACGGAGCAUACAUUUGCUCCUGACCUAUAAGAUAUAUAAGUCCAAUAAGAUAAGGGAAGGGCAUGCUUACCUGAACCACGGACCGGUACCUACACGGGGAGAUACCCACAUCUAUUACAAUUGCGACGAAAGUCAUUACGCACGCAUUUUGAGGAACUACACAUUUUUCUACCUGUACAACUUCUUCGACUGCUUCGAUGUGUUCAGAAGGAACUUCCUAGAGAUAAACGGGGUGGAACAGGCGGAAGAAGCGGAAGAGGCGGUAGAAGUGGAAGACGUGGAAGACGUGGAAGGCGUGGAAGAAGCGAAACAGGCCAAACGGGGAGACCCCGCAAAGAGUGGCGCGGGCAAAAGACAACAUGGGAGAAGCAAAGAGGGGGAAGAUACCCUCCUUGCGUAUUUCACUCACCUACAUAACAAACAUGUGUAUAACAAAAACAUAACCUACAAAAUAAAAAACUACAUUCACAAAACGAACCUGCUGCAUUUCUACCUGAGCAUGAAAUUCAACUACUUCGAAUGCUUGGGGAUGAACAUAAUCAAAAAAGUAAUAAGCAUAGACGACCUAGUUUAUAUGCACAAAGAGGUGAACAAAAUUCUAAAUGAAUAUAUUUACAUUUUCAAUAAAGACAUUUUUCUCUUUAACUAUAAAUUUGUGUACACCCUUAGUUACAAUAUUCACUAUAUUUAUAAAAAUUACGUCGAAAAUAAUCAGGCAGAAAAUGAAUUCCAUCAUAUGAAUAACCUUCUAAAUAGUCUAGCUUAUCUCAUUUUUAUAAUUAUUUAUAGCCUUUACGUAAGUGUAACCCAGAGGGGGGGGUGCCUGUGCAACAGCAUUCAUAAUAUCUACCUGAACAACUUCUUCUUCCUAAUUAACCAAAAUGUGUUCUACUUACUUUUGCUCCCAAAAGGGGGAAAGGGGCGCAACUCCCUCGGGCAAAAUAAACCCGGUACAGAGUUCAAGUAUGGCCAUAAAAGGGACAAACUGCCUUCUGACGUGGUGGGAGGACCCCCCCAAUCGGCGAACAACGAAAGCAAGACAAAUGAGACAAAUAGAAAAAACAACACAGAUGACCUCAAUCGCAUAAAUACAUUUUACCUAAGGAAGAACGAAGAGAGGGCGAUUCGCAAUGCGGGGGAUAACACCGCUGCAAUUUUCAACGAAGGAGACACGUACUACUACCUAUUCAUAACGAAGAACAAUUGCGUCUACUUUUUCAAAGUGUUAAUUUUCUUCAUGCUAGAAAUUUUAAAAAUUUCGCACUGCAAAAUUAGCAGCUUACAGAAAAAAUGCACCACGCUCAACUUCCACAUAGACAAUUUUGUCCUCAUUUAUAAUUUCCUGUGUAACAUCUUAGAAUGCUACUUUGACGACUCACGGAAGCAGAAGGACUCCCACUUGGAGAUCCUCAUUGACUACAUCGAAGAGAACAACCUGCAUGGGCGUGGAGAUAAAAAGGAAAAACAAAAUGGGGUCCCCGUUAGGGAGUACCUUUCAGAAAAUCUAAGCAUCCACAAGUUGAACAGUUUCUCUUCCUCCUCUUCCAACUCCUCUAGCGAUUUAAAAAAAAACAAAUUUCAAAGCAUUGACAUGUUUACUAAUACUGCCCUUCGGCGUACUUACCAAUACAGCCCUAAACAAUUGGAGCUCCUGAAAAUCGUCUGCCUCUACAUAAACUACACCCCCGUGUCGUUCAUUUUGAUGAAGAAGAUUCAACCCAAACUGGUCGACCUGUUUAGACGGUUCCUCUUCGACCUGCACCUAAACACGCACCACUUAGAAUUGUUGCACUUUUUCAAAAUUUUUUUCUUCUUUUAUGACUACGAGGUUUAUAAGGAGUACACCGACCUCCUGUCUUAUUUGCACUGCUUGGCGAAUUUGUUUUUCGUCUAUCGUGGCGUUGGCGGUGUUGGCGGUGCUAGCGGCGUUGGCGAUGCUGGCGGUGUUGGCCAUGUUGGCCUGCCUAGCUGCUUCGGCGGAGCCGCCUUCCGGUCAGAUAUCCCCACCUUCAUAAACGCCAGCAAUAACAUCUCCCACUUUUUUUUCUUCAUCCCGACUAGCUACUCCGCCCUCAACGGCUUUCUCGAAAAGUACCACGCAGCGAACGCCGCAGCAGACCUGCCCGCCCCACAUGCCAACGAAAUGUUCUCAAGUCCGGCCGACGCAAAUGAUGAGCCGUUUCUUAACCCCCUGGAGACUUUCAAAUCGCAGGACUUUUUCGAUGCCCCCAAUUCGGAGAAGAUGAGCAAAACGAUAGAUGCACACAGUAGACAUGAAAGUGCCGCCUCGCACUGCGUAAGGCAGUUUUGCCAUCUUUUGCUACAAACAGGGGGCGACUUCAAAAAAGGGCAGUGCAAAAAAGAGCCGCUCAUAAAUUCACUACGCCAAAAGGAACUACGCCAAAAUCAAAUGGACAGUUUCACACUUCGGGAGCCGCCCCCAGCUAGCGGCGCCCAAGGGGACUUCCCCCACUUCGAUGCCCACUUCAUUGACAGAGUUACCCAAGUGCUGGUCGAAAACAGCCUCAGAAUGCUCUUCAAUUCGCUGUCGCUUCUGUCCUCUGAAUAUAGCAACUUCACAAAUUACGUGAAAGCGAAUAAACAAGAAAAGGGAUCCAUGUACCAAUUCAUUGUGAACAAAUUAAAGAGCUGCAAAAACAAAAUGCACACUCUAACGUUUAGUCACAACUCGGAAGGCAGAACGAAUGUCCCAGGAAAUGUCAAGUUCGUCGAACUGUUUAAAAAUUUUGUCCUUCUCCUGCACAACAUCAUUUCGAUCAUGUAUAGCUACAACACGGAAAUUAUUUUUUUUUUUUUUAAUUUUAUUUUUAACAUUAAUUAUGAAAAGGGGUCCUUUGACUGGAAAAAUAAAGACCCAAAAGAGGAACCCCAAGGGGGUUACUCUGUCGGGAAUUACAACUAUCAAAUGGGCUGGGGGAACCAAGCGGUGGACUUAUCUUAUGGAGAGUCCAGUCAUAAUACCAUUUCUGACAAACGUAGGGAAAGGGGAAAUGUCUCCAAAAAUGCACACAUGGGAAAUUCUACCCAUUCACAGAAUGACCUAAUGAGCCAAAAUAAUCGCCACGGCGUAACCUGCAGCCAUGGAGAGUCAAACCAACCAGAACACCCCAAGGCGUAUCAAGACACUCAGUACGUUACCCCCAUAUUUGCUCAAAGGACAGAUCACCAUCGUCAAAAUGAGCAGGAAAAUCACUUCGGUGAAGAAAAGGGAAAUCAUUUACUAGGGGAGAACACCUGUCAAGUAUAUCCCUUCAAAAAUAGGGGCCAAUUCGACCAGCACGAACCAACAAAGUGGGAAGCCACCCAAACGGUGAACUCCCAAUUUGAUAGGAACAAUCAACUCUAUCUGAACAGUUGCUCGAAUGAUGACGUGCCUGGGAGAUCCACUCUCCACGGAGGGAAGGAAAAAAGUAAAUCCCCAGAUUUCUAUACCCCCACUUUCCAAGUAAACGAAUUCGUUGACGUCAUAUACGAACUGUGCGUAUAUAGCAAAAAGGAAAUAAGAAAUUACUACCUCUUUUUUAUUCUGGAAAAUGUCAAGAAAAAAGUGGAGACCCUGUUUGAUUCCCUUAUGGAGAAAGAACGGACGGAAAAAAAGACGCUCUUGUCAAAUAUUAAGCUUUUCUCCAAAGUCCUCCUUUUUUUGUAUUACUCUAAAAAGAAGUACAUACUGGUGCUGGAGCAGGCCGCGUACAGCUCGUUCGGCUUUUUGCAUGACCACCAUUUUGAGCCAAUCAUUGCAGGUGGCAACCACAGCGGCGAUGUGCCCAGGGGCAGGGGGGGAAAACGCGAAACGGAAGAGGAAGCACUGGCCAGCCUCGCCUACUUCUACAAGAACGUCUUCCUAAACGUUCACAGUUUGUACUUCCUGCUUUUUCAGAGGAAGAAGAAAAAGAGGACCCUCGCUCUUAAAAUCAUGUGGAAAUUGCAUCACCAGUUUAGGCUAAAGUUCACCAAGUGGUGGGGCAGCACGAAGAAAGAUGCCUCACCAAGCGGUACGAUGAAACGGGGGGAAAUGCAAGGUGGGAUAGAAGCCAGACAAUAUAACAUCUGCGAAGAAAGCGAAACAGCGUGGAGGUGCAAAGAAGACCCUGUAAGAAGCCACCGAAAUGAACCCUCUACAAAAGUUCCUCACCACCAGAACAAGUGCCAUAACACCUUUAGCUACUCAAACGACUGGAAAUUUAACACCAAUAUGUUAAACAUAUACAUAAGCCAUUUUAUACUCAACCAUAUGCUUAGCGACGAAGAGGUUAUCACUCAAGCGUUACGGAAAGUAGACAUGAAGACGGAGGAACUCCCUCUGGACUUUUUCGACCACGUAAUGUCAUUCAUUUUGAAGAGAAAAGCAAAGUUCAGAGCAGGUGACACUUCCGUAGAGAACACUACAGAGAGUAAAACCCAAAGGGGGGACCAACCCCACAUGGAUCAUUUCCUUCUCUCAAUUUAUGAAAAAAUAAAAUUUUUGUACACAAAACUGAUAGGGGAAAUGCUAGCCAAGGAGCAAACCAGCACAUACAAAAUUGAAUCUUUUGUCUACGUCCUAAAAAUAAUAAUUCUGUUGAUCAUCACAAACUAUAGGAAUAGCAGAAUAUGCAAAAGAAUAUACAAGGAGAGGUACUUUUAUCUCUCCCAUUUAUUUUGCUUCUUCUUUUACGAUAAUGAGAUUGUCAAAGCGUUGUCCAUCAGCUUGAGCUUCUACUUGAUAUUCGACCAGAACGUCCUCCUCCUGAACAAGCACAGGAUAUUUCUCGAACCGCAUUUGCUAAUAGAGCAGAAAAGUAGGAAAGGCGAAAUGGAAGCAGAAAGGGAUGACCGCUCUCCUAAUUGGCUAGCUGAGGAAACAAAUUCGCCUCAUCACAGCUGCACGAACAUGCUAGAAAAUUCUUUAAUUAACGAAGUAAAGGUGGAAUACAUGGAGGGGUACUACAAAGAGGGCCGCAAAAAUGUCAUUAAAAGAUGUGGAGACGAAGAUGAUACACCCCAUUGGGAGAAACCCAAAAAGGAUGACAACUCUUUUUUUAAUCCGCACAGAAAUAGACACAACCGAAAAGACUCAAGCAGGAGUAAACAUGUUGAUAAGGAAAUGCAGCCCAACCAGAUGGACGGUGUAAACAAGGCCUCAUUUCAUAUAGAGAGGAAAAUCCUCUUCUUCCUUCCCUUCUGGCUUUAUAAAAAACUGCAGCCAAAUAAUUUUCUGCUAAACGUUAAAAAGUUAAAAUCUUUUUUUUUCUUCUCCACCAAGUACUCCUACCUGCAUGCGUUCCACGACGCCAAGUUAAAUCUGAAGGCAAAGGGAUUGUCCUUUCACGGCAACUACGAUGGGGCGAAUAUAUUCAGAUCGUACUUCCUGUUCAUUAAUAAGUAUUAUCAUUUGUCAAAAAGGGUGAGCAGCGCGCCAGUUGGAAGUGCCCCAGUUGGAAAUGCCCCAGUUGGGAGUGCACCUCACCCUCUGACCCACAGAAGCAGCAACCCGUCUCCUUGGAGCAUCAUCGAACCGAGUGACAAACUGGCGAAUCCCCAACUCCCCAUCGCGAAUGUGAAUUCUUUUCUCUUUUUAAAUGCCAAAGUGGAUACAAAACCCACCUCCGAAAAUGGUUCCUCCUACGUUUCCAAUUUGAUAAAAGUGUUAAAAGUGUUGCCACCUAUAAACGACUCUGCAGAUAACGAAACCAACUUUUCUUACAUCUACAAUUUGAGCGAGUUAUUUUUCUACCUGAACAACUGCUACAUGCAGUUGCUGUGCACCGAAGGGGGGCACGCCCAUUCUGCGGAGGGGCAGAGCGCAUGCAACCAUGCGAGUUUCACAACAGGUGACGAAUCGGCCAAACGAGAUGAUGUUCAAGACGCAUCUCCAAGCAGUAAAAGUACUCCAGAUGGAUCAACACAAAAGGAUAGUGGCACCAAUUCGAAGGCAAGAACAGUCCCAAACAAGCAGACGCAUUACCUCCUCCAAAGCGACUACGACGAAAUAGUGAGUGCCAUACAUUUCGUGUAUACCACCAUUUUCCCGUACAUUAAUAAGCUCCUUUUUUUCAUGUACAACCAGUUAACAAUAAGUAAGAAGGAGGAAGCUGAGCUGAACGGAGUAAAAAACCAAACAAGCGCAAGCGCCAUCAUUCAUUCUAACAUGCUGCUACUGAAACAUUUAGUAAGCCUCUUCGAUGUGUGUCUCUACAUACAGUUAAUACUAGAGAAAAAAAAACACAUGGAAGGAAAAAUCCACCCCCUAGACAAAGAUAUAGACCUUUCCCUCUUCAUCUACAAACUGCUCUUCAUAUCAGUUGCUACAUCAUCUUUGAAGAAUAAAAUUUCCAGCUUUUCCCUCAACGUGCUUUACAAUUUUGUGCACCUGGAUGAUUACUACGUUAGGAUAAAGAACAACUGCCAUGGUAGUCUCUCCUCUGUUAAUCGGAUGGGAAGUACGAACCAUACAGUUAGAGGCAACCACCUUGAUGAGAGCAACUUCAACUUGAUGGACGAAGGAGGGGAAAACCCCAUGCUGCUCAAAGAGCAGAGACGAAUCAGAAGUAAGCAAAUGGAGAGAAGGAAAAACUUGUCCAUUCUGGUCAACUUCCUUUUCUUCCUACUUUCGAAAUAUAGGAAAAAAAAAAAAAUUAAAAAAGGAGAGGCAGCUAAAACAAACGCAGAUAGCAACAUCUACUCCAACAUAAUAAAUGUGUACGAAGUGGAGAAGACCAUCAAUGUGGAGAAUGUCACAUUUCAGAACCACGAACAGGGGUAUCUCAAAAUGGACAUCUACUUUGUGAAAAAUGUUAUGUCCAUGCUGCACGUAGUUUUGAGACGGGGCUGUUUCUUUGACCUCCACUUGGUUAAUGAAGACUUAUCACGCAUAAGUAUAGACCUGCUAAUGCGCCAUGAUUGGGAGGCUUUCACACAGGGGAGGGGAUCCCACAAUACGGGGUUAGAAAAAAACCCAGAUGACGAUAACACAACCCGCCAACGAAGCGACACACAGAAGACCCAAAACAACAACGUUGGGAUACCCCCCAAAGGAAGGACAAACUUGCGCAUCUUCAAACAAGUCUUCCUAAACAAAUACAUGAGCACGCUGAUCAACUUCUGCAACAUUUACAACGAUAUCAUGAUCGAAUGUUUGCAUGUCCAGCUGCUUCUCCUUUUUUUCAAGUAUAUCCUCCAAGUAUUCAAGUACGAAAUUUGGAAGAAGCAUCUUUUUAAAAACUCCCACAGUUCGAAGCAGCAUAUUUUGGUGCAUUUUCUGAAAUACUACAAAGCGGACAAGGAAGUGUGCAAAUUUUUAAAAAGGAUCUAUUUUGUCAUUUUAAAAUAUGCAAUCUAUAUGCAGAAUGUUCGGAUCUGUGAAGAGGUGCUUAUCCCCUUUAAUGGGGGGGAAAACACCCCAGGGGGAAAGGACGCAGACACGACCAGUGAGGAUCAACAGAACGGACUGAUCAACAAACACAACUACCUACUGAAGGAGGAAGAUAUUUACAAAAAUUACUGCCAAUUGUUUUACCAGUACACGAUAAGUAAGUUUAAAAAUUGCGUUGUAACCGAUCAGGAGGAGGCCUAUAUACAUCCACGUGACCACUAUGAUGAAGAUGACUCUAUCAAGGGGAAAAUUUACAAAUAUCAACAGAGCCAAGUGGCCAACCCCAACUACGUCUGCAUGAUUGAGAUGUACUGCCCCCAAUGUGAAGAAACAAAAAUUUUAUUUCUAUCCAUUGUACUAUUCCUGAGCUUUUUCUUAGACAACUUCCCUUUUUUUUUCUGCCUAAAUGGGAGUGUCAGCCAUUCUGGCGAAACGAACAGUCAGAAGAACACAACGAAAGAUAACAUGGCCAUCCUGUGCGAACGUAUUUUCCACUACUUGGGCAGAAAAAACAUCUACACCAAUUUCUACAUUUUAAAAGAAGCCAAACUUUUUGAAAAGUACUUUUUUAAAAUUUUCCUAAAAUUGUUAUUCUGCGAUGAGAGGGAGACAAUGAACAAUUUGCAAAAGUACAAAAUUUACUUUUACAACAGAAAGGGUGAGGCGGUUCAGCAGGGCGGGAAGACCGGCAAGACAACUACAAACAUGCGCACCUCAGGUGUAGCGGAAAACCAAUCGAUCGCCCUCACCCAUAGCGGUGAAAAAACGGAGAAAGACAGUGCUGGCAAAAACGGGGGCAAACAAAUGGACAGACUCAUCUCCAACGAGGAGGGACGUACCCACCACCUGCGCGAAGAAGGGAGUUCCAUAUUCACACAAAACAUAAGCCACGAUAAUCACUUCUACCUAAGUCAUUUCCUCAACUACUUCUUACUGCAGAAGAAGAAAAAAAACGACCUGGAACUGAUAUACGACAAAAUUUACUACUACAUCCUCAUCGUGAGCAUGUGCUUCAAGGACCGAAACUUCCUAGCCAUGCUGCUUUCCCAAAAUGAGAACUUCUUCCCAGAAUUCAACCAAAUGAUACAGCACUAUUUGAAAUACGUUUUAAAGAAUAAGCAAGAAUUAACUAGAAAAAAAAAAAAAAAUGAAGUCAUGAUUCAUAACCUGUUGUACAUAUUCGUCUCCUACAUAUACAUAUACCUGAACGAACUUUACAACAUUUUUUUCACUCAAAUAAAAAAUGUCCUCACCCUGCCCUCCUUUUUUCAAAACAUCAUAUAUGUGGAUGGCAGAGGGGUGGGUCUAAAUGGCGGGAAAAUAAUUAGCACCCCCAUCAAAGAAGAGAACACAUCCGUGGACGUGGACGCCCUUUACAACACGUUAAUAAAUAUGAAAAAAAAGAAUUGGAACAAAAACUUAGAAAAUUACACCGACCAAAAUAUAAAAAAUGUAGUUGUUCGCAACAUUUUUCACAAUAACAAUAUAUACUUAUUCAUCCUGUACAUAAUAAAUGAUAAUAAAUAUAACGACAAAGGAGAAGGUGGGAUAAGAGACGAAAAAAAAUUGCUCAAUCGGAUGGCGUCUUCCGCUUAUGAGGAAAACCACCAGAGUGACAACCCCGAACAUGUUCAUCUAGAGUUUAAAAAAAAUGAUAAAAUAUUUUUAAACAAAGUUACCACCAACAUUGUCCUAUUCUUCCUCCUAUUUUUUUACGAUUACUACUCUUUCAAUUACGAAAUAAAGGAAAACAUCCUCAUGCAAAUUGCCAGACAUAUCUUGGAACACUUCGCCACCUUCUACAAUUCUGACCUCCUCAACAUUCACUUGAAGUACGCGCAGAUGGUCAAGACGGCUAACCUGAAAAGGAAAAAGACGCAGCUACCUGGGCAGUCCCUCUGCCGAACAAAUCGGUACUUGAAAAAUCCCGCGGGGGGUAGCUCAUCCCAGGAGACCUCUACUCAGAGAGAGGGAAAAGAGGGAAAAAUGUGUUCCUCUCGCCAGAAGAAUGUGAAGGGCUCUCGCGCGAGUAUGGCCCUGGCCAGGAUAAGGGAGGAGGGGCGCAGAAAGAGGGGGGAGCCGCAGAAAGGGGGGGCCAAAAUGGGAGAGAAGAAACACGGAGAAGACUCCCACGAUCAAAAUGCACACAAUAACGCUUCGCACAAUCAAGAUGCCCACAAUAACGUUUCACACAAUAACGUUUCGCACAAUAACGUUUCGCUAAGCGAAGAUGCGCACGAUAAACAUUCGCGCUGCGCCGAGACCGGCCCCCCCGGGGAGGACCCCCCCCGCGGAACCAAAGGCAAACCGGGCGAGCCCGGGCAAGCGCCCCAACCGGACAUGCAACUAAUUAGCGCAGUAAUGGAAAAGCUGAAAAGAAACAAAAAGCUGCUCUUCCUGUACACCAUCAACUGCUUCAGAAUAAUACAAACGUAUAGCAACGUCUCCUCGCUAAUUUUUAAAUACAAAUAUGUAUCGACCCUCCUGGAGAAACUCCCAUAUUUGACGGACAGAAAUGUGGUAGAGUCCGUUUGGAACUCAUUCCAUUUCUACCUGAACAGCAAUAACAAAAGUGAAAUAAAUAUUUCCAACGAAAGGGGGAUACCCCAGGUGGAUAAAGAAAUUGGGUACCUCUCCUACAUGUACAUAAACUACUUCUUCAAUUUUUUGGCUUGCUUUAUCCUAUAUGACGUGGCAACGUUGUUCAAGUUUUGCUCAAAUGGGCUAAACUGCUUGGACAUGCUGAACAGCCACUUAAAGGAGCUCAUGGAGAAUAAAAAGGGCACAUACCUCUGCUCCGUUAUUUUGAAGUUUUACCUGACCAUAACUAACACGUACUUCUUUGACUUUUCCCUGUAUGAUAAUGCUAUCAGCACGGUGAACCAAGAAAGGGCAGCAAGUCGCACCCCGGAAAUGGACCCCCCACAGGAGGAUAUCACGACACACCUUAUUGACAGUUUGAGAAGGAAGAAAAGACAAGACAAGGGAGAAGUAACCUACUUCAUGUGCAUUAAAAAGUUGAGCAACGAAUUUAGUAGGAGCAAAUUUCUGCACUUCCUAAUUAACUACGUUAUGAACAACCUUGGAAAUAAUGUGAACAAAUCAAAGGUGGAAAUUGAACAGAGCAGCCACCUAAUCUGUCUGAUUCUCCAGCUGUUGAGUUACCAAAUAAUUUUUAUAGACAACAAAAACGAAAUUUUAAAGCUCUCCAAUGUGUUAAUUAAAUACAUCAAGAAGAAGGACCCUUGUCUGCUGACGACGUACUACAUAAUCGUAUUUUUUAAUUCAUGCUUCAUCAACUCAUCCUCAGACGAGAGAAUAAUAACAUUGCUUUUCACUUUCGAAAAGAAUGACAACCUAUGGUUUAACUUGAUAUUCUUGCAAAACAGUAAAAUUAAGAGAAGCAAAGAAAUAUUACUCCUAAUCAAGUUCUCCAUUUUACACCUCUACCUGCUAUUGCUAAAAAAUAAGAGCUCUUUCAAAAAAUGCAUCCUGUGCAUUUCUGGUGACUUAAAUAUAUACUUUGUUUUUAUAUACGUCCUCAACGAGAUAUAUGAGUUCUUCAAAAGUUGCAACUUCGAGUGGAGCGCAUUCCGAGGGGCGAAGAUAAAUCAGCAUGAAAACAACAAAAAUGAAAAUCCCAAAAGGGACAAACAUAACAAGUACUACUACCUCUACGCAGAGCUGCUCGUUAUCGUCACCGAAAUGAUUAAAAUUAUGAACAAUAAUGAUGUCAAUAAAUACAUCACCAUUUAUCAUAACAAGGAGAAAGACAACCUCGUCGUGCAGUUUAAAAAUCUUUACAGAAAAAUAAAAAACGAACUAAAACAGUUCGAACAGUCAAUCAAGUUGGUAAAGUACCUCAUAUUUAUCCACCCCCUCAUGAUUAACAUGCACGUACUGCAUAGGUUCUACUUAUGCUUAUACAUAAAGGAGUACCACUACUUCCACAAGGAAUUUUUUAAAUACGACCUGUUCCUGGUGGACUAUUUGCACCUACUUAGGGGCAAACGGAAAGCGAAAAUCUCCAACAUGGGGGCGGCUCAUCGAAGUUUGGAAGCAAAACAAACAGGGGAACUUUCUUCGGAGGCGGUCCAAAAUCAAGCACGGCAACUUUCCCAUGAUGGCAUCACCAAAAAGGACAAUCAACUUGCUUCCCCCCAUGCGCUAAUAAAUGACGCACAGAAAGGGAUCAACUUCGAGAAGGAUCAUAUGCACUUUUAUUUUUUUUUCAACACUCCAAAGAAUUAUAAUUACCAAGUCAACAAUUUGUGCUCUUCCAUUCUUCAAAAUGAGUUUCAGGGUUCCCUCAGCAAAUUUUUUUCCUCCUCCUUUAGUAACCAGGGCGAUCAUUCUGACACCCCUUUGCAAUACAACGCUGAGCAGAUUAAGAUGUACGCUGACUACAUCCAUGGCAGUGUUAAUUACGCUAUUGAAUUUUUUAGUUCCUUCUGA